AUGGGCUUUCCCUGCUCUUGGCUUCCAUUUUUGGUCUUAACUCUCCAGAUCCCAGGUGCCAUAAAUGAUGCAGUGCAGACACCUCUCCAUCAGGUUAAUGGGGUCCUGGGAAGAUCCGUCUUGCUGUCUGUCAAUAGCAUUUCCCCAUCAGAAAAAGUGGCAAAGGUCGAAUGGGACUUCCAGCCACAAAAUGGAAAGGGAUUAUUCGUUGCUGAAUUGAGAGAUGGGAAAUUGGAGCGUCCGGAUCCCAAAGACUGGUUUGGGCCGCGGUUGGAAGUGGUCAAUGAGACAACACUGAGGAUCCAAAAUUUGAAGAAGGGGGACAGCGGACUCUAUAAAGUCCGUGUUAGGCUUCAUCCAGCAAAGAUUGAACAGCACUCUUUCUGUCUCACAAUCUAUGAUCCUGUUCCAGAGCCACAAAUUCUUCUCCUCCAAGAAAGCUUUGAUUCUUCAUCUUGGUGCAACAUGACCUUGCAGUGUUUGGUAUCUGAAAAGGCAGGACUCAAUGUCUCCUGGAGAAUUAGGGAUGCUCUUGAACCUUUAGAAGGAAGUUUGGACUGGUAUCGGCUGUCCUCCGAGGGAUGGCACCUCCAUUUGUCUAACCCAAUGGAUUCGAAUGUCACCUGCCUGGUAUCCAAUCUGGCUGAUCAGAAGAGCGCCUCUGUCAACUUGACUGGCACCUGCCUCCAUCAAGGGCCACAAAGCUGUUUCUCUUGGGUCAGGAUCACUUUUGCCAUCGGCCUCGUGUUCGAGAUCUCCAUCGUCAUGUUUUUGAACCUUCUGGAAAGGAGAGACCGGGUCCAGGAAGGGUGAGAUGCAACUCUGGUGUCUAUCGGUGUUGGGAUCUCCACCUCUCUUAGAAACUGGACUUGGGUUCCCCAAAUGAUAAUAAGUUGAUCCCUGUUCCCAGACUGUCCCCAUUUGUCAAGGACUGUCCUGGUUUAUCAACCCUGGAUGCAUUUUGGAAGAAGCCUUCCGAAAUUCUCCAGAAGGUUUGUCAUGUUUUUGCUCAACUAUGCAAUAUUUCUCCUGUUUCUGCAAGGCUUUCCUGACCUGGUUGUUUCAUUUCACAUGCGCAUAGUAUUGGUUUUGGAUUAAAAGUCU